GACGGGAAAGAAAAUGAAGAAAACUGCAGCUCAGGUCGUCUUAACGGCUUCGGUAUUGGAUUACAAGGCGUUUUACGUCGCCCUCAAUCGCAGGCGAAGCAGCGAUGAAAGUGCAUCCAAUGGAAACGAGAACUGGUGGGUUGAGCACUAUAGAGAUGGAUGGAUGGAAGAGAGAAAGAUUGAUGGGAACAGGUUUUCGACGGGUGAAGACCGAUGAGAGUGUGUGAGUGCGGAGAUGGCGAAGCAGAGGACGAGCGAAAGAAGACGAGCAGCCGAAGAAGUUAGCACUCGAAUGUUUGUUUUAGAGGAAACCAGUUGUCGAGCGAACUUGGAAGUGGGUGGACGUGUGAACCGCAGACGCGUAGAUCGUGAAAAUUGAUUUUUUGUUCUGUUCCACAAGCGCUGAUUGAGAGAAUAGUCGAGCCAGUUGAAAUUUCUGACGUGACGUGAGAAGGAGUGGUGGCGAAGUUGUUCAGAGGCGAAGAAAACGGCACUAUGAAUAGACGAGUUCUGGAAGGGUAUAUGAAGUUUUUCUGACGAAGUGUUUGGAAGGAAAGUUCAACGAAAACAUUGCGUGACUUGUGAAGCGAAGCCCCAAAAGUGAAGGUAUUGAGUGGGAAAGUGGAGAGUAGUGGCUUCGCAGAAGGAUUACACUGUGGAACUUGAGUUUUAAUAGCGAAUUUAAACAAGUGAUUAUUGUGUUCAGAGCAAAAGGAAAAGACUAAGCCCGAGUAAUCAUGACAGAGCUAAUGGAUUUAAGAAUGCAUCACCACUUAGCACUCCAGACGGAGAUCUAUCGGCAGCGGAUGCUACAAGGAUUACCAGAUCCCUAUCCGACGAUGUUACCGGUGCCAGCACCAAGACCCCUGAUGUUGCCUCCAAGGUUCCCGUUGCCUUCGGAGGUUGACAUUAAGCUCCAGAACAAAGAACUCUGGAGUCAAUUCCAUCGUAUCGGAACCGAGAUGAUCAUCACCAAAAGCGGAAGACGGAUGUUUCCCUCGAUGCGCCUGUCGAUUAACGGCCUUGAAGCGGACGAAAACUACUGCGUGCUGAUUGAGAUGAUCCCCAUCAGCGAUUGCCGCUUCAAGUUCAGUGGCUCCCAGUGGGUCCCGGCCGGUGGCGCCGAACCGCAGAGUCCCCAACGGAUGUACCUGCAUCCGGACAGUCCGGCCCUUGGAUCGCACUGGACGUCCCAACCCGUGGUCUUCAACAAGGUCAAGCUCACCAACAACACGCUGGACAGCAACGGACAUAUUGUCCUCACCAGUAUGCACAAGUACCAGCCCCGAAUCCACAUCAUCAAAACGUCGGAUCCUUCGCAAAUCCCGUGGUCACCACAGUCGGCAUUUACCUUCCCGGAGACCGAAUUCGUCGCCGUUACUGCUUAUCAGAAUGAUCGUAUCACCAAGUUGAAGAUCGACCACAACCCCUUCGCGAAGGGAUUCCGAGAAACCGGUCAGUCACGCUGCAAGCGGAAAGCCGGCCUCAUGAGCAGCUCCCGCUCGAUCGAAGACUCCGAAGAAUCCGGCGGCGAAUGCGGACCCGAACCCAAGCGCCAACGAACGGACAGUGCUUCGCUGGAUGACAGUGACAUCUCCGUGAGUGACAGUUCCAGCAGUGGCACCAGCUCCCCAGUCAACGUUGACGAUCUGCACCAUCGAAGUCCUUGCCCAACGCACGAAGACUUCCUUCGAGCUCCGCAUCCCUACCAGCAGAUGCUGAACCCUGCCAUGGCUGCUGCUGCCGGCUGGAUGGAUCUCAUGCUACCGUACUUCCAGCAACCUCAUCAUCCAAUUUCUCCCGCCCAUCAUCCUCUGCAUCAUCUAAAACGCGACUUCAACGUCCUGCCAUCCCUUCAAGUUUCCCACAAAUCCCUCGAGCGAACCGUCGAAUCCACCAGCAAGAAACUCGGUUUCAGCAUAUCCGCGAUCCUGGGCUACGACCGGUAAACCGUCCCAUAGCACCCUCGCGCUCGUAAAAGGUGUUAAUCACUCCACGGCACCCAGGCGCGAACCGCGAGGGGAUUUAGGGGGGACGCCAACCCAAGAGACUGAGUACACCGUACGUCGAGGAAGUCACAAGAAAGCAAAUCACAAAACUCAAAGCAAAAUGAAAGAAUAAAAAAACGGGUGUAAAUUAGUUCCUCACACAUUCACACCUGGAUGCGAUCUGGCAUGCGCUUGUUGAGCCGUCGCCAUAUCUCCGUCGGGUGUGUUGCAGUUCGCCAGAAUGGAGGCAUUUAAAUCCCUCCGGACGCGGUGUCGUCGGGACCGAGAGUCCCAGCGAUGGCUGAGCAAACACCGCAAUCCGGCGGAACAAUACGCGCUCCGGACCGACCGGUAUUUCGAAGGGGACACAACGUGGAAGAAUAAUCCCGUUCAGAAGUGGCAGUGGUUGGCCAUAGCCAAGAAUCGGUGCCAUUGUAGCGCUCGACGACUGACUGCAGUCAGCAUCUCGAGUUGGUGAUGAAUGUGUACUUUUCUGUUUCCAUCUCUCUCUGUCUCGCUUCUGCUCUGUGAGCUCGUUUCUCUGUUUAUGUAGCGUGUGCAAUUACGACGAGCGAGGACAAACACAGAACAUGGAAAAUAUGCUCGAAGAUUAGAAAGGUUUUCCCAAAAAGUGUGCAAGAUGAAUAGUUUUUAGGAUUUUUUUUCUCUCUCGUAUAGAAUUGCUGGCGAAUACCAUAAUUGUUAAUUAUUUGUAGAAAUGAGAACAAAACUGAAAGUCAAGUGAGCAUUGCUUAUCAUAGGUAGAUGUGUUUGUAUAUAGUUCAAAGCUGAACAAGAAAACAGAACGUAUGUUUCUUUUGUAAAAUCUGAAACUUAGAAAAUAAUCGCAUUAAGCUUUAUUGUAAAGAGAAAAUCACCUCAAAGAAAACAGUAAGAUUGUAGGAUUUAUUGUUCGUUAUUGUAACAACCGAAGACAAAGAGACUGUAAUUUAAAUAAACAUUUAUGAAUUCGA